AUGGUACUCGAUUGGUUGUCAUCAAAGAUUGGAGGUAACUUUAAUAAUAAUAAUAAUAAUAAACAACAACGAGAACAACAACAAGUAAUAGAGUCAAAUUUGAAUGACCAUCAUGAAACAAUCUAUCAAGAUUCAUCAUUUGCAUCUUCUUCUUAUGAUAAUAUAAUGAAUGAUGGUGAUAGAGGCCAUCCUCAAUCAUCACUACCACCUAUAGCAGCUACGGGGAGACCAAGAGCAACAGAAGUAUUAUCAGUACAAGCAAGACAAAUGUUAGAUACUGCAUUGGAACCAUUCAUUCGAUCAGAGAAUGGGUGUAUUGUCGAUCACAUGGUCAAUCUGUUUGGCAUUGGAGAGGAAACAAAUUGUACUGCCAGUAAACAGAUACGUGAUCGAUUCAGUCAUCCUAUCAAAUACCUCAAGUUUAAAGCAUUUACUAGUGCUUGUGCAAUCACUGAUCUAUCACAAUGGGAUAGACAAUAUGUUAUUCGUUUAGUUCAAUUAUUAAGAGAAUUAAAAUCUCAUUAUCCUUUUGGUAAAAGUUUAUUAUCAUCACUUGAUAAAAGAUAUGAUGAAAAUGGAAUUGAACUAUUAAAUCAAACUGGUUUAUAUGUACCAAAUGAUUAUCUAAUGGAUAUUAUUCAUGAUUUUCCUGAUUUAUUUUUACCAAGUAUAUCAAUUCAUCCAUAUAGAAAAGAUAGUGUUGAUGAAUUAUUAAAAUGGAUAGUACAAGGAGUUAGAUAUGUUAGAUGGAUGCCAGUAUCGAUGGGGAUUGAUCCAAGCUCACCUCUUUGUGAUAAUUUCUAUGAGGCAUUGGUAGAGAAUGAUAUCAUAUUGGCAUUGGACAAGGGUGUUAAAGUGGUUGGUGUUCAUUGUGGUGCCGAGGGAAAAUCUUAUGACUAUGAUGACACUAGUGGUAAAUCUCCACCUCCUCUUAUUCCAAAUUUACAUUUAUUCCUUAGAUUGAUGCACGAACCAAAAUAUGAAAAGUUAUUGAUUGGCGAUAUCGGAGGAGUUGUAGCAUACCAUCGAGUCGAUGCUUUGGUGCCUCUACUCGACCAUCAACACAUACACGACAGACUCAUAUUCUCUAGCGACUAUCCAAUACCAGCUGUCAAUCUAGCAGUCAUUACAACAUUACUGGCCAAUAGAGGUCUCAUUCAUCCAGAUGAAAGAGAUUUGGUCAAUGAAAUCUAUCGUUUCAAUCCCAUUCUCUUUGAUUUUGUUUUAAAAAGAAUUUUAAAAUCUCCUAUCACUGGUAACACCUUUAAACCAUCUGUUUUCAAAGAAAACUCAUUCUUUAGUUUAAACUCAAAGAAUGGUUUAAUGGGUACUCCAAAUAAUACUAGUAGUAGUAAUACAAAUAACAAUAUUACUUUUUCUCCAAAAAUUGAAACUAUUAAUAAUAAUCAAAUAAUUUCAGAAUCAUCAAAUAAUAAUAAUAUUAAUAAUAAUAAUAAUAAUAAUACACCUACAAAAAAUACUAAAAUGAUACCAACAACAUUUAUAUAUCAAGAUGAUAUUGAUAUAUUUUCACAAUCACCUCCAACCAAUAAUAAUAAUCAAUAUGAACAUGAAUUAAAUCAAACAACCAAUUUAAUUGAUGAUUUUUCUUUUUCAACUAGUACCAACACUCCAACCUCAAAUAAUAAUAAUAAUAAUCUUAGAUCAAGUAUGAAUGGAAAUAUUCUUACUUCACCCAUUUUAAUCAAUCACAGUCAUAAUAAUAAUAAUAAUAAUAAUCUUCAUAACCAAUUCCUUACUGAAGAUGAUUUGGAUGAAAUGGAAGAAUAUACUGAUUUUUAG